AUGAAAUAUUUGAAAUGUUUAACAUUUUCUUUCAACCAACUCGUCGUCUCCACGCUCUUCACAGAUCGCAUUGUCUUGUCAAAUGCAAGUAACAUUCAGCAAGCCAUCUAUUAUUUGCAGCUUUUGCAAGAGGUACCUCAGAAGUGGGAAGCUCAUAAACUUACCUGGCUGGGAGGGUCUCGCGAUCAACAAGGCGGGACCUCCACGCUGAGGCUUGGCCAUUGCACUCUGGGUCGGGUUGACGCGUGUGGCUAUCCCGAGUUGGGAUCAGCCAACAGCACAAUUUUUGCGUUUGGGGUUGCGUACGCGCUCCCCCGCUAUGUUUGUCUAUAA